CCUUUCGAACAUAAAAAAUGAAAAAGUAAAGUGACUCGAAAAUUAUUUCCACGAAUAAAAAUUAAAAAAGAAAACGAAAUAAGACUCAAUAAUGAACAAAAGUGAUGAAUCUAAAGAGCUCGAUUGCUCAAAUGCCGGAAGAGGUGUUUGGCUUGUUAAAUUACCCAAAUACAUAGCGAAAAAAUGGUUGAAAGCGCAAAGUGAUGCUGAAGUAGGAAAGCUAAAAAUUACCAAAUAUCCAGGCCAGAAAUCACAAGUGACACUUUCGUUGUCAGAUACAACUCUACAGAUCGACGCCGAAGAGAAAAUUCCCAAAGAUCAUAGAUUUGAUGUUCAAGCAGUGAAUAAACAAACAUUGGGAGUAUUUAGUCAUAAUGCUGAAGGCGAAAGGUCGGAUAAACUUUACAUGGAGGGAACCAUUGUCGAGAAACUUGAAUGUCGGCCUUACGCGGAUCAGACUUAUAUGAACAUGAAAGCAAAGUCUAUCAAAAUUGCUGCUCAACCGAAAAGAAAAGUUGAACAACUCGACACUGUCGUCACAACAUUCAAACCUAUUUCAGAUCACAAGCACAACAUCGAAUAUGACCGGAAGAAGAAAACUGACGGAAAGAAAUCGAGAACGGAUAAAACAGCGGUCAUGGAUAUGCUUUUCAAUGCAUUCGAAAAGCAUCAAUAUUAUAAUAUUAAAGAUCUUGUAACUAUUACAAAUCAACCAAUUAGCUAUCUUAAGGAAAUACUAAAAGAGAUUUGCGAGUAUUCGGUUAAAAAUCCUCAUAAGAAUACUUGGCAUUUGAAGCAAGAAUACAGCCAUUACUCAGCAGAGAAGAAAGAACAGAAAAAAGAAGAGGAAAAAGCGGACAAAAUGAGCGAAAGUGAUGAAGACUUUUAAACCACAUUGAUUUUCUAUGUUUUCAUAUUUUAUUUUUUAAUAAAGUUUAAGAUUUCUAAAAGUUCAACACUGUUUCAUUUACCACAUGGCUCGUUGCAUUCCAGCCAUCAAAUUAUAGUCGGCAAAGUGUCUAAACAUGAUACGACUGACACGGAAUCUCUUGACGCAUCCACGAGGUCUUGAAGUAAUCAUACAUCUUUCACGACAUCUUACUCGACUGGAGUCUCUAGGGAAGUUAUUAUGCAAUUCAUCAGCAGCAGCUUCUCGCAAUUCAAAAGGUAAAAUGUCGUUUCUCUUUAUAGCGACAAGACGUAAUCUGUCAGCUGCGUGUUCCUUUAU